GCCACUGCGCGGUGGAAGAAAAAUAUUUCGAUGGUAUGGUCGAUUGGAGGCUGGGUCAAAUGGACGCGGCGGCGGCCAAGCACGCGAUCGGGAUUCGCGAAUCCAAGCUCUUGAGGAGGAUCUCGCGGGAGCGCCAAUGGAUUGGGAUUGGGAGCUGCGGAGCUGCUGCAAUCGCCGGCAAGUCACAUUUGUGGUGACGAUCGGCGUCUUUGCCGUGGCGAUUCUUGCGCUAUGGCGGACGCCACUAGUGACACCAUUCAAGCUCAUCACCGUGUAUCUUCACGAAGCGUCUCACGCGAUUGCGUGUAAGCUCACUUGCGGCCAUGUAGAAGGCAUCGAAGUUAAUCUCAACGAAGGGGGAGUGACUCGUACGCGAGGUGGAAGUCAAUGGCUCAUUCUUCCUGCCGGAUAUCUCGGAUCCUCGUUCUGGGGAAUGGCAUUUAUUUUGAUGGCCACGAAUCGCAUUGCUACUCGAGUCGCGGCAGCCAUUCUCGGCGGCUCUCUCCUCUUCGUUCUCGUCAUCUACGCAAAAAAUUGGUUCCUUCGAUUUCUCAGCCUCGGUUUUAUCAUUUUCCUGGCGAUCAUCUGGGUAUUGCAAGAAACCACAAGCGUUCACCUUCUGCGAUACGUGAUUCUCUUCAUUGGAGUUAUGAACUGUAUGUUCUCCGUUUACGAUAUCUACGACGAUCUCAUCUCGAGAAGAGUAAACACCAGCGACGCCGAGAAGUUCUCUGAAGUUUGCGUUUGCUGCCCGUGCAAUGGGCUCGCUUGGGGAGUGAUCUGGGGAUUUGUUUCGCUAGCGUUCUUGUGUGCUGCCAUAUACGUGGGCCUCGUCAUCCAGUCGUGAUCACGGGAGAACUCUUUCGCUGGCACAUUCUUCGAUUCUUUCUAAUACUUAGGUUCUAGUGGAUGCUGUUGUUUUGGUGUAUGAUAAUUUUUUUUGUGUU